GAAUCAUUGCUGAGUGUGAACACUACAAGGCAUCUCUGAAUGCUGUGAUCAUAGGGAGCCUGAAAGUAUUUGUGAUUUGGGACUUUGCAGUCAGUCUUACAAGCAAGGAGUGUUUAUCGCAGAUUUUCAGUACGGAGAAAACUACAGCCAAGCUGACCAGAAAGACUGGAAUUUCAUCUAUCUCUCCCCUCCCCCUCUCUGCUUUCUCUCUGUCGCCCACUCACUGGAUUUCUUUCCCUGCCAGCCUUUUAAACUAGAGAUUCCUGGGCCAGUGACAUACAUUUUUCCUCUUAUUCUAGUGUGCUCUCAUGUUCAGCCUCCUGCAGAAACACUGCUGCCUGGCAAAAGUCUGCUGGUGGAGAAAGAAGACUCCUUUUGUUAAGAAAUUUUUUCCACUGGUGGAAAAGGCUGGCAUCCCCUUAUAAUAUGAAGUUCUUUGAGAAAAGCUGGUGGUUUCUGCUGCUGCCUGUAGUGCUAAGAGUGGUGUGCUCCUCCUUUAUCAGUGUGAACCAUGGGGUGAAAGUGAUGAAGGGACAGUCUGUCUUCCUGUCAGAAGAUGACCUCAAGUUUUCCAUUCCCAGAGAGAAGGAUGUCUGCAAAGUUGAAGUUGUGAUUAAUGAGCCAAUAACACAGAGAGUUGGACAACUAACUCCACAGGUUUUUGACUGUCACUUCCUUCCUAAUGAAGUCAAAUAUACCCACAAUGGCUGUCCAAUUUUAGACGAAGACAUGGUCAUGCUUAGGCUGUACAGGUUUACAGAAGUGGAAACAUUUGUAGAAACAUUCACCCUUCACGUGCAGUUACUUGAGCCAGACUGCAACAUCAUAAAAAUGCGCUCCCAUGCCCUGGAGGUCCCUGAAUACUAUGGUCUGUCCAGGGUGAUUGACAAGAACAUUCUCACUUUUGAUUAUGACAGGAAGACAAAUCUGGAUUGCACCAUUUCCAUAAUCUCUUCAGAAACCCACCUGCCUGCACAUGGCCAGCUCACCACCGGGAAAGUGAAGCAAGAGCAGAUUCAUGGAGAUCAGCCACGGAGCUCAUUCCCUGGCACUAAGCACAGCCUGGGCCAGCAGUGCAGAAAUGGGAGCUGCAUGCAGGGACUAGGAGUCAUUCACAACAAAAAAAUGAGCUGUGAAGAAUUUCUGAGGAUGGGGAUUCGGUAUCGACACCUUGACCCUCCCUCACCUGACAUUGAUUAUAUUCCUGUGAGAUUGGAUCUCACAGACAGAAGAAGCAAAACUCUGCACAAGACUGAGUAUGCGUGGCUCCCUGUUCACAUUAAAGGUGCUGUUCCCAACCAAACACCCAAAGCUGCCCCAAUGGCAAAGUUCAUCCUGGAAGUAGAUCAAUUUAUUUUAACCCCCAUUUCAACCACAACCGUUGAUGCUGAAGACAAUGAAACUCCAAAGUCCCUGCUUGUAUUCAACAUUACCAAGCCACCUCCUCAGGGCUUCAUCACUCACCUGUCUGACCACACAAAACCUGUUGGCUCCUUCACCUGGAAAGAUCUCAGUGACAUGCUCAUUGCUUAUCAGCCUCCAAAUAACAGCCACACAGAGAGGAGGAAUUAUGAGGUGGAGUUUGAGGUUCAUGACUUCUACUUUGAAAGGAGUUUGCCAAUCACUGUCCAUCUUUCUAUCAGAACAACAGAUACAAAUGCCCCUCGGGUUUCAUGGAAUACAGGCCUCAACCUCCUAGAGGGGCAAUCCCGACCCAUCACAUGGCAACACUUCCAAAUUGUAGACAACGAUGACAUCCAAAAUGUUCACUUGGUCACAGUCGAUGGCUUACAGCAUGGGCGGCUCUCAGUGAGAGGAGGGAAAGGAUUCAUGUUCACAGUCUCUGACAUUCAGGCUGGAGUUGUUCACUACCAUCACGAUGACAGUGAUUCUACUAAGGACUUUGUGGUAUUUAGAAUUUUUGAUGGGCCCCACAGUAUUCGCCAUAAACUGCCAAUCAAUAUUCUCCCUAAAGAUGACAGCCCUCCAUUUCUGAUCAGCAAUACGGUUAUUGAAGUUCAUGAGGGACAGACCAUCCUGAUUCAGAGCUCCAUGCUUCAUGCUUCUGACAUGGAUUCCAGUGAUGAUUACAUAUUAUUCAAUAUUACCAAGCCAUCGCAGGCUGGAGAAAUCAUGAAGAAACCAGGACCAAACAUGAUAGGGUAUUCUGUCAACAGUUUUCUUCAGAGGGAUCUAUUUAAUGGAAUAAUUUAUUAUCAUCAUUUGGGAGGAGAAGUAUUUGAAGAUUCCCUUGAGUUUGUGCUAUGUGACAGCCACGAUCCUCCCAAUCUCUCAGAUACACAGGUGAUGAUGGUGCACGUUAUUCCUGUGGAUGAUCAGCUCCCCAGAGAAGCCCCAGACGUGACCCGUUACCUGGUUGUUAAGGAGACUGAGAUUGCUCACCUAACUAAGAAGCAUCUCCACUUCAUUGAUGUGGAAGAGCAAGACAGGGAGCUCACAUACACCAUAACCACUUCCCCUUAUUUCUCUUGCACCCAUGGCUACUCAGAUGCUGGGAAGCUCUUUAUGGUGGACACCAUCCCCAAAUUGGUCAAGGAUCCUGCUGCUCUUGCACUGCGGUCAUUUACUCAGCAUGCUGUGAACUAUAUGAAAGUUGCCUAUAUGCCACCGCUGCAGGACAUCGGUCCUGAACCUAAGCAAGUCCAGUUUAUUUUUUCUGUCAGCAAUCAUCAUGGAGGCACUUUGUAUGGGAUCUGCUUCAAUAUUACUAUUCUUCCCGUGGACAAUCAAGCUCCAGAGGUUUUGACAAGCCAUUUGAGAGUGGAAGAGGGUGGCCUGGCCCCUGUUACAGAGGGACACAUUCUCAUCUCUGAUGCAGACACAAAACAGGAGCAUCUCUUCCUGCUCCUGCAGAGGCAGCCUCAGCAUGGAGUGGUGGAGCUGGAUGGCAUUCCCAUGAAGGAAGGCAACAGGCUUUCCUGUGAGGACCUGCGUACCCUGGCAGUCAGAUAUCGUCAUGAUGGCUCUGAGACUCUCACUGAUGAUGUUCUCUUUGCAGCCACAGAUGGCAUCCACUUUGUAAAGUUCAUCCUGCAAGUCAAGGUGCUGCCUGUGAAUGAUGAGCUACCUGUAAUGCGAACAGGCCUUGUUCCUGUGCUCCACUGCCUGGAGGGCGAAGAAGUGGUCAUCUCCUCAGAGUACCUUUAUGCCACAGAUGCAGACAGUGAUGACAUGAAACUGACAUUUACGCUGCCUCGCCAGCCCUACCACGGGGUGGUGAGGAAAGUUGGUAUUGCUGUGGAUCAUUUCUCCCAAGCUGAUGUCAUCGCUGGUUUAGUCACGUACAAGCACACUAGUGGGGAGAUUGGUCUGACUCCUUCCAUUGAGAUUUUAACCUUUAUUGUCUCUGAUGGUGAGGCUGGCAUAGAUGUGAAAGACUGCUGUUAUGAUGGACCUCCUCCUCCUCCAGCUGCACCUCAUGAUCCAUUUCCUGUGUAUGACCUUAACAUCACUGUACUUCCAGUGGACAACCAGCCUCCAUCUAUUGCAACUGGUGCAAGUUUUGCGGUGGAGGAGGGCUCCUCGGCAGCCCUUACAACCAACCACUUGUUUGCUACUGACCCUGACACCACUGCAGAUGACUUAGAGUUUGUGUUGGUUUCUCCUCCCCAGUUUGGUUACAUUGAAAAUAUACUGCCUUCUCCUGGAUUUGAGAAGAGCAACAUCGGAAUAAGUAUAGCUUCCUUUCAGCUGAAGCACCUGAAAGCCAUGAAUAUAAACUAUGUACAAGCCAGGCACAUGAGAAUGGAGCCAACAGAGGAUAAGUUUGUACUUUAUGUCACUGAUGGGUUGCAUCGCUCAGCAGAGACUCCAUUUUUUGUGCUGAUCACCCCAACCAAUGAUGAAGUCCCAGAAUUCAUAGCCAGGAAUAUUACAGUUCAAGAAGGGGAGAUGAAAGAGCUGGAUCUGUCUGUUAUCAAUGCAGUUGACCUGGAUGUACCUCAAGACCAUUUGGUAUUUGGGGUUGUGCAGAGGCCCUGGUAUGGGUUCCUUAUUAAUGGAAUUCAUGGCAAUGAUAUUCUACACUAUAAACAGUUAAUUAACCGCAAUCACAACAACCAUGCGUUGCUUGUUCAUGACUUUUCCAUGGAGCUACUGAAGAAUGGAAUGAAGCUGAUGUACCUGCAUGACAACUCUGAAAACCUCACUGACAGCUUUAAAAUCCAGCUAUCAGAUGGAAAACAUAAAGUUCUCAGAACCAUUUCAGUAAAGGUCAUUCCAGUUAAUGAUGAGAAACCACUGCUGAGCAAGAAGAAUGAUAUAGAGGUGAAUAUAGGUGAAACUCGAAUAAUUUCUAGUGCUGUUCUGUCAGCGGAAGAUAAAGAUACCCCCAGGGAAAGAAUUUACUACUUUUUUGAAAGACUUCCAGAAAAUGGUCAGCUUCAGCUCAAGGUAGGACAAGUCUGGGUGACUCUCCGAACUGGAAUGACGUGCACUCAGGAAGAGCUGGAUAUGAACCUUGUGAGAUAUGUCCAUACAGGAGCUGUAGGGUCCAAGAACCAAGACAGCUUCACAUUUUACCUCUGGGAUGGGUACAACAGAUCCCCAGCUGUGGACUUUCACAUAAAUGUCAAGGACAUGGAAAAGGGAGACAUUGCCGUUUUUAUGAAACUCCUCAGAGUGCCAAAAGGAGAUCGCAGCUGCAUUACAACUGGUGUCCUUCUUGCACUGGAUGGGACUGACAAGCCAGAGGAGCUCCUUUAUGUGAUAACCUCCCCACCCCAGUAUGGACAAAUAGAGUAUGUCAGCUAUCCUGGCAUCCCCAUUACAAAUUUCAGUCAAAUGGAUGUAGCACGACAGAUUGUCUGCUAUGUUCAAAACACAAAGACAGCUGUUCUUGAAGAUACAUUCAGAUUCACCAUCAGCAAUGGACUGAGGACUAAGCAUGGGACAUUCGUGAUCUCGUUGGAGGCAGUUGACCAAGCUUUGCCCACACUAUCUAGGAACAUGGGGUUAAGAACAAUGGAAGGUGCUAUGGCACUUCUCUCUCCUGAUGUCCUGCAGCUUUCAGACCCAGACACUGCAAAAGAAAACCUUACCUUCCUCUUGGUUCAGCUCCCCCAAUAUGGUCACCUUUAUUACCGUGGGGCUGUGCUACUGCAGUACAAUUUCACACAGCGAGACGUGGACAACAGGGAUGUUGCAUACAAGCACCGAGGUGGGGAUUCCCAGAUGGACAGAUUUACAUUUGUUGCCACAGACAGGACUAAUCAAGGUUUCAUUGUGAAUGGGAGAGUGCAGACCGAGCCAGUGGCAUUCACCAUUCAGGUGGAUCAUCUGGACAAAAUGGCACCAAAAAUUAUUCAUCUCCAUUGCUUUUCUGAUGUGGAACUGCUGAAGAAUGGCAAUUAUGGGAUCUAUAUUACUACCAGGUCUCUGAAGGCAUCUGACCCCAAUACAGAAGAUGACAAAGUAAUUUUUAAGAUUUUGCAAGGUCCUCAUUAUGGCUACCUGGUAAAUAUAACAACAGGUGGACUCAUUCAGGAAGGGUUUAGCCAAAAGGAUUUAGACAACAAAAUCCUACUUUAUGUCAUCAACUCAUCACAGGAAGUGAAUUCAGACAACUUGGAGUUUCAAGUCACAGAUGCCAGAGGGAACUCUGCAGGGCCCCAAAGAUUGGAGCUAAAGUGGUCUCGGAUUGAAAUGCAACAGACUGAAUAUGAAGUGUGUGAGAGCAUAGGAAUGGUGUCUCUGAAAAUCACCAGGGCAGGACACUCAAUAGAGUCUGCCUUUAUAACUGUGAAGGUCAAUGAAAUAUCUGCUACGCUGGGAAAAGACUUUACAGUGACUCCCUCCAAGCUUGUUCAGUUUGAUCCAGGAAUGUCAACCAAGACGUGGAAUAUAGCAAUUACGUGUGACGGAUUAGAGGAAGAUGAUGAAGUCUUUGAAGUAGUUCUGAACUCCCCUGUGAAUGCUGUUCUUGGCACACGGACAAGAGCUAUAGUGAAAAUUUUGGACUCAAAAGGAGGUCAGUGCAGCUAUUCCCAUUCUUCUAGCCAAAGCAAGCAUGGCUUCUGGGGGAGAGGAACACUGUUUCCAGUUUCCAAAGGCUCCUCAUCACCUUCCAGGCCUGGCAAUUUUUCCCUGGAAGGGAUCCCACUGCCUCCUUCCAAAGGGAUGAGAGAGCAUGGAGGGGACUCGCGGCUGGAGCACAGCUUGGCAAAUCUGUCAAGGACCAGGCUGAGAGUGACUGGAAAUGGCCGAAUAGUUCGUCCUUCAUCUGUAUUUAGAAAUGGAACAGAUGUGGUUUUCAAAUAUCAUGGGAUGGUAUCACUCAAAAUAGAGGAUGACACCUCAUCAGCUAAAACCAACAAGAAGGCAAAACCACAGGUAAAUGUCAUCUCCUCUAGGAAGAUAGAAAUCCCACAGGCUGAUAAGGCAGAACUUGCAUCUGAACCAAGUUCAAGACAUAAGGACUUUAACCCUUUUCCAAAGGCCUGUACACCAGAUUUAAAGGGUCUCUUGCAUUAUGAAGAAAGCACUCAAAAGUUAUUUCAGUGUGAUGGGAUAACAUGGAAAUUCUGGAAUUCCCAAAGCAAGGAGGUAAGCAUGAAGAAAUGUCCUUCUGGAUGGAGUUACCAUGAGGGCAGCUGCUACGUCCUGGUAGUGAAUCACAAGGUCACCUGGAACACUGCUGCUCAGGCUUGCAGAGAACAAUACUUGGGGAGUCUAGCAAGUGUGGCUAAUGAACAACAUAUGCAGUGGCUGUGGGACUUCGGUAGAAGGAUGCCCUUUUGGAUAGGCUUGAAUGACCAACUCAAUCCUGGACAUUGGGAGUGGAAUGGAGGAGAACCUGUAACCUACAUAAACUGGAGAAGAGGCUCCUAUCGCUUUCCAGUGGGAGGAAGAAAUUGUGUAUUUGUGCAGAAGCGAGGAAAAUGGCAAGCAACUGAUUGCAAGAAUGUCAAACCAAACAGCUAUAUAUGUUCAAGAAAGUUGUAAGGAAUGGAGGAUGCCUUUGAAAGCGUAUGGACAUUCAUGUUAUCUGCAGACAUGGGAGUGCAGUUAGAAAACUGUCCUGAUUAUCAGUGAGGUUUAUUUUGUAUGCUGCCAGAGGUACAGAUGCACCGGCCUCUAAUCAAGGUAUAGAGGUCCACUGCAAAGUUUAAGUCUAGGUUUAAGUUUUGAAUUCUCCCCAAAGACAUUGAUCUGUCACUUACUUGUAUGUAUUUUUACACCAAAGAGCUGUGCCUCAAAGCUUUCAUCACACUUCUGUGUGAAAGUCCUUUUUUUAAAAAAUAAAGUAGCAAAUCAGUUGAUUUGCUUUCCUCUAAAGGAGGGGUUGUGAAUGGGGGUGGAAAUGGGGGCAGACUUUUGGCUAGAACCAGGUCCUCUUGGGUGACGAGGGGAGUAACAUCAUGUAAGGAAGGCUUCUUUGGUUGAUGCCCUAGUGCAAUAUCUUACAAAAGGACUAAUGGCUGGAUUUAGUGACAGAGUACAACAGGAGCAAAGGGGGCUUUUUUCUACCAUCCAAGGCCAGCUUUGGAUCCCUAUGAAUCUGUUCAUAGAGCUGCAUAAUGUUUCAUAUUCCUAACCAAAAUUUUUCAUUGUUUUUUGAAUUGAAGGAUACUGGUGUAAUUUUCAGUUUAAUUAAAUAAUGGUACAUCUCUACAUCUAAUGUUAUAUCAAAACAUGAUUUAUUAAAAAAAUAUUGAAGCUUAAUCCUAGAAUAUUAUCUUGGGAUAUUCAGUGAUACAUGAACAUCAAUAGGAUUUAUAUGUGUGUAUAAACCAAUGUAAUCAUGAGACAUAUUUUGUACUAAAGCAGCUAUGGCUUUUGAAAAGUAUUAAUCUAAGUCCUUAUUAGGGAUUUGAGGUUUUUAAAAUAAUAUUUAAAAAUCCAGAUUUAUUUCUGAGAAAGACUUAAAAAUCAGCAGUAAAUAGGAAAAAACAGCUGGCCAUAAUUUAUUAUUUUAGAUAUAUGCAGUUGCAGUAUAACCAUUUUGUAACAUUAUAAUAAAUUUAUAUUUGGCCUGUCAAAAGCUUGCUUUAGGACUUUCUAACUGCCAGCCUUAACAUUAAAAAAAAAGAAAAAGAAACCAGGCAUAACUUUCCCAAAAAAUAUAAAAUUAAAGUUCCUAUCAAACCCUCCCUUCGCCCACAGGGUAACAGUUGGUCUGGUACUGAGUGGGGUAAAUUUGCUCUGUACCUAUGAACUCUCAUUCCCCCCAUCUGUCUGCCAGCUGCCACCAGUUGAUCCUCCCCUCGAUCCUCUAAUUCAUCCAGCCUCUGGAUCAAUUUUGCACCAAAAGUGCAAAACCUCCUUCUGAGGUUUCUCAGAACAAUUUCUCAGUCCUGCAAGGGACAGAUGCAGCAGAAUCACCUCUUCUCUCUGGGCUGAGGGACAUUGUCUCAGAGGGUAUAUAUCCCUCCUCCUUGCCUCUGGUGUGCAUUGGUUACUCAUCCUCCCUCCUCACCUGUGACAAAUUAAAUCAAUAUGCAUGUGAGUAGCUGGACAGUCUUUGUUUAUAGGAAAGAACCUUUUUUUUGUAUUAUUUAUGACAAGCUUCUAGACACUUUUGCUAAACACUAACUCUUUUGUUUAAGGAGUUUUCUAAAUCAACAGAUAGGCUAAUUGUCUCCAAACCAGGUACUCCUGAGUACCCAUCUAGACCUGAUUUUAUUUCUGAUUGUUUUCAUUACAGAAAAAAUUAGCAUCUAAAAAAGCACUCUUGAGAUCUCUCAGUGGUGUGUUAUGGAAUUCCAGGGAAAAUUGACUAAGAGAGACAUAAGCAUAAGCUUUUAGUUCUUUAGGACUCUCUUUUAAUAAAAGCUGUAAAGUUUAUUGGUGCUAUCCUGAUAAAGCCUAUUGAGAUUAUUCAAAUACCUCUCUGAAUUAUUUAAUAAAUUAUAUCACUGGAGAGGGAAUUUGAAAAAGGUGCUUGUUACUUGAUCAGUAACUAAUAAAUGACUCAUGUCAUCUGAGACAACAGUGACCUCAGGUUUGUCUUUGUGAGAAGAGGGAAAACUUUCCCUUUUCUGUAUUUCAUUUGAACUGCCUUAAAAUGAUUGCAGAAUAUGAAGACUUCACUAUACAAUAGAAUGUUAGGUGUGCAAACUGUAUUUGCUACUGUUCUAAUUAUACCUAGUACAAUACAAGAAUGAAAUGAAAAUUCUUAUAUUGCAGUGCAAGUUUAUUUCUGCUCUGAAAGGCUGCUGUAUUGUUUUUCAACAUAAUCAAUUGUUCCAAAUGUUUAUGAAUAAAUUUUAAUUUUUCUAUCCUUAAAAAAGAAGUAUUUUUUCAGAGAUUUUUACAACUUGUAUUUUUAUUAUUAGAAUACUGGAGUUCAAUGAAUACAGCAUACUCCAGUCAGGGAAAGCAAAAAUAAAUAUUUUUUUUCCUGUUAACAUAGGAAAAUAUUGCAUCUAAGAAGUUUUAGUAAAGGAUGGCCUAAAAUCCUGAGGAGCUUUGGGGAUUUUUCCAGUCUUCAAUACUUUGAAUUAGACUGAGUAAACUCAGGUAAAAAUCAGUAUUUAGAGGAUCAGCAUCAGCAGAGGAAUUUCAAAAGGCUGAAAGUAAGAAUAAGGAGCAUGUAAAUUCUGGUGUUCACCUAUGGAUGCCACACUUUCUGUAUAAACAAAGGAUUUAUUUCACCAGAACUAUCCAUAUACCUUUUAAGAGCAAUAAACCAAGAUGCAACAGCUCAGUGAAAAGAACCAAGUAGUUGGCCUAGAUUUCUAUUGAGGGGUGGGCAAUGUGAGUUCUUUGUGUGCUUGUCACUUUUAACCACCUUCACUCCCUGUCAAAUAUCUUUUAAAUAUGUCAACCAAUUUCAAAUAAAUUUGGGGGAAAAGUAGUUGACUCAAAGACAGUGGCUAUGAAAAAUUGAAUAGGCAACUGGUUACAGGAGCACUUCUUCCAAACCAAAAUAUUCUCAGAUAUUUGUGUUGUUAUUAACUUCACAGUAUCAAGGUUUUAGUCUGAAAAAUAUCAGAAAAGUUUUCCAGAUCUUUUUUUCUACACAUGGAAACUUACUGAAUGUUUUCAAGUCUUUAUUCACUCAAAUUAUAAAAACAACUUUGAGAGAAUUAUGCAUAAGAUUCAGUGAAUACUGUGAUUCUACAUUAUUUACAUUACAAGAAUGGUGCUACUGUAAUUCUUGUAUUCAGA